CUCGCCCUCCUUGACCUGGGUACCAUCUCUACCACUGUGCCAAAAUCCUUGUCCAAUUCCCUGAGGGACACCAGGGACAUCUCCUAUGCAGGAUGUGCUGCACAAGUAUUUCUCUUUCCCUUUUUCAUUGAUGCAGAGUUUUCCCUCCUCAUGAUCAUGUCCUACGAUCGCUAUGUUGCCAUCUGCAGACCCCUGCACUAUGAGACCCUCCUGGGCAGCAGAGUUUGUGUCCACAUGGCAGCAGCUGCCUGGGGUUGUGGGGCUCUCAAUGCUCUACUGCACACAGCCAAUACAUUUUCCCUGCCCCUCUGCCAGGGCAAUGCUGUGGACCAGUUCUUCUGUGAAAUCCCCCAGAUCCUCAAGCUCUCCUGCUCCACAUCCUACCUCAGGGAGUUUUGGCUUAUUGUCAUUGCUGUCUCCCUAGCAUUUGGUUGUUUUGUGUUCAUGGUGGUGUCCUAUGUGCAGAUCUUCAGGGUAGUGCUGAGGAUCCCCUCUCAGCAGGGACGCCACAAAGCUUUUGCCACCUGCCUCCCUCACCUGGCUGUGGUCUCCCUGUUUAUCAGUACUUCCUUCUUUGCCUACCUGAAGCCCUCCUCCAUCUCCUCCCCAUCCCUGGACCUGGUGGUGUCAGUUCUGUACUCAGUGGUGCCUCCAGCAGUGAACCCUCUCAUC